UAGUUUCGGUCACUAAAGACGAUGACACCUAGCGAGAUGAUCUGUAAGCGACGCAGAUCCUCUGUGCCGCCACCUGGCGUUGACAUUGUGCAGCAUAUCAAUGGGAGCUUCGGGCGCUGGCAGCUACGCACGAUUCUUCUAAUCUUUCUAUGCAAAAUACCCACGGCCUGGUUCAUGGCCUGCAUCAUUUAUACAGCGCCAUAUCCGCAGCGCGGGGAGCUGGUGUGUCGCUCAUCUAGCUGGAAUGCCAGCGAGUCGCUGCCCAGUGAGAGUCGAAAUACGGAUCGGCUGUUCAGCGUGCAGGUGUGCAAUGCCUAUGCCCAAAGCUUGUCCCAUAACUUUGUGCAGCGUUACGGAAAAAGUUGGAACGGAACACUGCAGGCGAUGCCCUGCGAACGCGUUGAGCAUCAUGCGGGGUACAAGUCGUUGAUCGUUGACUUUGAUUUGAUCUGCUCGCGUCGUGUGCUGGUGGCGGUCACCCAAUCUUUUCAUGCGCUCGGGGCACUAAUUGGCGGGCUUCUCGCUUAUCAAGCACUCCAACACAUCAGUCCACGACGUUUGAUGCUGCUCGGCAUGCUGGGACAGAUCUUUUGUGGCAAUCUGACGGGUCUGGUGGACACCUAUCAGCUGCACAUCUAUUUCCGUUGCCUCACAUCCGUCUGCUGCACGCUCAUGUACUCAGCCGGCCAUUUCAUAUUAAUGGAUAUUACCUCGGGCAAAGCCCGCAUCUUGGUCGUUACUCUAUCGGAGCUCUUUUGGUCAAUUGGCUUGGUGCUGCUGCCCGCCAUAUCCAUAUAUUUCGAUAACUGGAGCCAUCUAUAUGUGGCCAUAUCCUCAUCGCUGAUUGUGCUCGUCUGGCUGCAUCGCUGGAUCUCGGAUGCGCCACGCUGGCUGCUACGCCACCAACGCAUAGAGCCAGCACUGCGUUUACUCUUGGAGUCAGCCACACACAACAAUCGCAUGGUGCCCCUUACUUUGGACGUCAGACUGACUAUCUAUGCCAGCGAGCUGAACGCCAAACAGCGCAUCGGCUUUUGUCAGAUCUGGGAUAAGGAGACCAAACGUCGCCAACUGAUAUUCAUACACCUGAUCUGGGGCUGUGCUCAGGUGCUGUACAACAUAAUAUUGCUCAUGAUUCGCAGCCUGGGCGAGGCGCAGGUCCAUGUGAAUACCGCCGCUCUGGGCUUUGCCGAAAUGGUGGGCGUCUUUGUGGGUCUCUACUUCAUACUCUACACACGUCGCUAUUUUCGCUGGGCGGGCAAUCUGAUGAUAAUGGCAGGACUUUGCACUUAUCUGGUUUGGAUGCUGCCAGAGACAGACCGCAACUCUCGCCGCGUCGGCUUGGAGCUCAUCUUUUGGAUGCUGCUGAAGUUUGCCAAUUCUGCUUCCAUAGCUGUAUUGACCACGUGCACAGGCGAAAUGGUCUCGCCAGAAAAGCGAGCGCUGCUCAUGCUCUCGGUGGUUACUUUUGGCCGACUCUGCUUGGUGUUCUCGCCGCUACUGAGUACGCUGACUGUGGUGCAUCGCCUGCUGCCCAUUACCAUCAUUGCGACAGUGGGCUGGGUGUAUGGUCUGUUUAUGCGGCUGCUCAAUCGCUACUAUUGGAAUACGGAACAGCUGCAGGUGGGUCAGGUGCCCACGCCAAACACCUAUCGUAGGAACUCAGCUGUUAUCUUGCGACGUUGCAGCACCGCCAGCUCCGAUGUGAGCAACUACAGCAACGAGCUGCUCCACAAUUUUGAGCAAACAGUCGCCGUUAGUAUAGCGGAUCUGUGGCACAUCAACUUCCAUACGAUCCAUGAAUGUGAUAGCAUGAACGAAGACAGCGAGGGGGCAAACAAAGCGCAGAGCAUGCACAGCAUUUGAAUUUUAAUGCCCCGCCUAAAAGUAGGCAACAGUUUUUACAACAGAUUAGGCGAUAAAAUAUUAUAGGCGCAUUCGUUGUAGACAUUUUAUAAUAGAUAUAUUUAUUUAGUAAUUAGCAAUAAAUGUAUUGAAGAC